AUGGUUAAAUCAAACAGUACUCCGAAAAUUAUUCUUGGGACUAUGACAUUUGGUCUUGAGACUACUAGCUUUGAGACCUCCGUCGUCCGUGUGCGAGGUGCCCAAAACAUCAAGCCAUUCAUGGACGUGUUCAAGUCACACGGUCAUGAAGAGGUGGACACUGCCAGGAUCUAUGGCAAUGGCGACACAGAGUUGGUAUUGGGUCAGUUGCGGAUGGAGUCGUUCAAGAUUGCGACCAAAGUCUGGCCUACCAUGCCUAGAGCUUUCGCACCUAACAACCUCAAGCACACAUUUAAGGAGUCUCUGGCUGCACUGAAGGCUACCAAAGUGGAUGUCUUUUAUCUGCACAUGGUGGAUGACACGACGCCAUUUGAUGAAACUGUCAAAGCAGUGGAUGAGCUGUAUCGUGAGGGACUCUUCAGCAAGGUAAGAUUUCUGGAUGAAAACUUCCGCCAUGAAUGUGAUUAUGUGCUGGGGCAACUCAGCAGCGGUCUGCUCACUGAAAUACAUUCUUCUACUUUGUAUGACAGUUUGGACUGUCCAACUUUGCAGCCUGGCAAGUAG